AUGGGCUGCUUCCCGGGAUACGGGAAGUGCACGAGGAGUGAAGAACCAGUGGGUGUCAGCAUCGGGGAGCUUUUGGAGAGGAAGACGCUUUUAGUUUUGGAGAGCCAAGACCUGCAAGAUUCGAUUAAGCCACAGAAGGUAGAGUUCCAUUCGUUAAAUUUCAACACCACUUUGCAUUGGCAGCCUGGGUGGGCCAGAGAGGCCAGAGACGCGCUCUACUUUGUGCAGUAUAAAGUGUAUGGGCAGAGCACGUGGCAAAACAAAGACGAGUGCUGGGGGAUUUCAAGCCGUGUCUGUGACCUAACACAUGAGACCUCUGACAUCCAGGAGCCUUACUACAGCAGAGUGAGAGCAGCCUUGUCUGGUGUCUACUCCGACUGGAGCCUCAGCUGCAGGUUCACCCCUUGGCGAGAAACUGUGAUAGGACCUCCAAUGGUAACUGUGGUUCAUAGCAACAAUUCCAUAACAGUAAAGCUCCAGGCUCCACGUUCUCCUUAUAAAAGGAAGAGAGGCAGCAAAAUACCAAUGACAAAUUAUUAUGAUCUCCUGUAUCAAGUCUUCAUAAUUAACAACUUGCUAGAUGAGCAACACAGGGUCCUGGUGUAUGAAGGGAAAGACAAGGUUAUUAAAAUACAAGACUUGAGGCCUGGAGUCAGCUACUGCUUCAUGGCUAAAAUGUACAUGCCGAUGCUGGACCAGAGCAGUGCCUACAGCAGCAGGCAAUGCACCAUGCUGCAGUGACAGGGAUGGCAUCUCUGAGACAGGAAUAAUGGCAGAAGAUGCCUUUCAUCACUGGUCCAGUUGUAAAUCAACUUCUGCUGUCUAUGUCCGGAAUACAUACUUGGAUACUUUUAAAACUAAUCUUUGCUGCAUCAAAUUAUUUGAUUCAUCACAA